AUUCGCAUUCAUCAUUCACCUCGACGAAAGCAGCACAGGAACGCACGCAAGCUUGAUUAAUUAGAUUGCUGCUGUGUCGUCGUCUCUGAUCAUCAUCACUAGUACUGAAUCAACAAGUAAGCAAGCAGCAGCUCUGUUCUAGGCAGCUAGCCAGGUAGGGUAGCUUCUUCGCCAGCCAGCCAUCCACAGAUCGAUCGAGAUCACCAGAAUGGCGCACCACUUCCUGGGCAAGGCGGCCGCCGCCGGCGAGGCGCCCAAGGUCACCGACUGGCGCAAGGAGGAGAAGCACCACAAGCACAUGGAGCAGCUCGCCCAGCUCGGCGCCGUCGCAGCGGGAGCCUACGCCGUGCACGAGAAGCACAAGGCCAAGAAGGACCCCGACCACGCGCACUCACACAAGAUCAAGGAAGGCGUCGCCGCCGCCGUCGCCAUCGGCAGCGCCGGCUUCGCCUUCCACGAGCACCACGAGAAGAAGGACGCCAAGAAGCACCGCCGCCACGGCCACCACCAUUAACGAGUACAGUAUGAGUAUACCGCACCUAUAUAUAUAUAUAUAUAUAUAUAUAUAUAUAUAGCAUAUAUAUACUAGUAUAUAGUACAAUAAAUGCAUGGGACGUAGAUCGUCCUACUACUGCUGUAUGCGUACUGCCUAUUCAUAUUGAGUACAUUAACUGAUUUAUUUGUUCA